UCUCUCCCUGUAAGCUCAAACCCUUCAGUGUUUCUCAUUGUGUUGUUCAUAGCUGUUACCAUGUUCCCCAGGGUGAUUUUGAAGGGAAAUAUGAUCAAAAAAUCUCAACAAAAGAAAAGAACAUCACCUUGUAACUACAAGGAGAGAUUUUUUGUAUUGGACACCCAAGACCUGAAGUAUUCUGAACGCCGUCCGGGGAAAAAGCCCAUGAUGAAAGGUUGCAUCGAGCUUUCCAGAAUUAAGUGUGUGGAGAUUGUGUGUACUGAUGUCCCCAUACCAUGCAACUAUAAGUACCCUUUUCAGAUUUUUCAUGACAACCAUUACCUCUACAUUUUCGCCCCAGACAAUGAUUGCCGUCAGAGAUGGGUCAGAGCUCUCAAAGAGGAGACAAAGCAUAACAAUUUGGUUCCAAAAUACCACCCAAACUUCUGGAUGGAUGGAAAAUGGAGAUGCUGCCAACAAACAGAGAAACUGGCAACAGGUUGUCAUGUAUAUAAUCCAGAGGCCUCUGCUUCCAAAAAGCCACUCCCUCAACUCCCGGAUCCAGAGAUGGAAUUGCAUGAUACAAGACAGAGGAUGGUCAUUGCUCUGCAGGACUACACACCUCAGGGAGACGACGACUUGCGUCUUCAGAAAGAUCAGGAGUACGUCCUGAUUAACAGCUCCCACCCUGAGUGGUGGGCCGUACAGGACAACCAAGGGAACACAGGCUUUGUGCCCAGCACUUUCAUAGCAGAAAAAUCUUGCAACAACUUUGAGAGAUUUGAAUGGUACAACAAAAACAUAACCAGAGGGGAGGCAGAGGUUUUGUUAAUGAAAGAGGGAAAAGAAGGUGCAUUCAUGGUGCGUGACUCAAGGCAGGCCGGAAUCUACACAGUGUCAGUCUUCACCAAAGCCCCAGGGUCUAAUGGGGAGAAGAAUCCAAGAGUGAAACAUUAUCUAAUCAGACAGACAGAAACCGGAGAGGGCACGUUUUACUUGGCAGAGAAGUACCUGUUCAGCACCAUUCCUGAGCUCAUCCAUUACCACCAGCACAAUGCUGCCGGCAUGACAACACGUCUGAGACACCCUGUCUCUCUAGAUGGAGGCUGCUCCCAGGACAUUGCUGAACCCUCAAAAGAUCAAUGGGAAGUGGACCCGGAGGAGCUGACCCUGGGUGAGGAGUUAGGCAGCGGUCAGUUUGGGCUGGUGCUGGAGGGGAGAUGGAGGGAAAUGAAGGUUGCAGUGAAGAUGAUAAGAGAAGAGUGUAUGUCAGACGAGGAUUUUAAAGAAGAGGCGAGAGUCAUGAUGAGAUUGUCCCACUAUAAGCUGGUUCAGCUCUACGGUGUGUGCACCCAGCGUUCUCCCAUGUGUCUUGUGUUUGAGUUCAUGGAAAAUGGCUGCCUGUCAGACUACCUGAGAGACAGGAAAGGGCGUUUGUCUCAGGACGUGAUGUUGGGGAUGUGUCUGGAUGUCAGUGACGGGAUGGCUUACCUGGAGAGCUCCAACUUCAUCCACAGAGACCUGGCUGCCAGGAACUGCCUCGUUUCAAAGAACAAUGAGGUGAAGGUGUCUGAUUUUGGCAUGACCAGAUUUGUUCUUGAUGAUCAAUACACGAGCUCCCAGUGCUCCAAGUUCCCUGUCAAGUGGUCGGCCCCGGAGGUCAUCAAAUUCUGCAAGUUCAGCAGCAAGUCCGAUGUCUGGUCAUUCGGUGUGCUCAUGUGGGAGGUGUACAAUGAGGGCCGUCUUCCCUAUGAGAACCGCUCUAAUACUGAGGUGGUGGAGUCCCUGAACGCAGGUCUGAGGCUGCUGAAGCCCCGCUUGGCCCCAGAUGCUGUCUACCUGCUUAUGGAGUGGUGCUGGAAGGAGAAACCAGACGAUCGUCCAUCCUUCGCUCUCCUCCUACAUGAGCUGGCCUCCAUCUCAGACCUGUGAACCAAGAUAAAAGUUGAGGCGAUGAUUUUAAAAAUAGCUUUAUUUAUUUAAUUUAUGGAGUCAGUGACCUAUUGCUUGUCAAAUGUUUUUCAAAUGUGUGUGAAGUUGUUUCAUUCGAUUAUCAUGAUUAAGGUGAUGACAAAACACAGGACAAUUUUCAAUCCUUGAAUAUUGCACUUUAUCUGUUUCAUAGUUCUGAAGACAAUUCCUGAGAAUGCUUAUACGUAGCUACAACUGCUUACUAUUGGUUUAUGUAACUAUUCUCUGUAUAUUAAAUAGGUGAGAUGGUUAUGUUG